AUGAAGGUCCUGCUGACGCUGGCCGUGCUGUUUGCCUGCAGUGUGUUCACAGCUCGUGGGAAGCUCCCGCGCACAUUCACCCCGGGACUUGAGGGAAGCACCGUAGGAAAUCUGACCGCCCAUGGUUGCUACUCAGGAUGGGGCAGCAGCGGCACAUUGAAGGCUCCAAUGGACCGGUGCUGCCUGCUCCGUGCCUGCUGCUACGCCAAGCUGGCGGCACGACGAUGCCGCGUGGGACCGAUCAAGCCCAGCUCAGCACCCCGGGCAGGAAUCCCCACCUGCCGCUCUGGGACCUGGUGCCAGAGAGGUGCCUGCAGAUGCGAGCGGGCAGCUUUGCUCUGCCGGAUGCGCGGCCGGGGGCUGCUCCGACGUCGCAGCAAGUGCCGGGGACGAGCCGGGCGGUGUUGA